UCCUGCGCAUGCCUGUUCUCAUAGCACAUCGUCAUUUCAAGUUAACAUCCAUGCCGCAAUAAGCCCCAGAGCCUCUUUCCGUACUGGACAUACCAAACCAGUAUCGGCAGUCAACGAUCAUGGGGGUACUGACGGGCCGGGGGAGACGGCACGCCGCGGUAGCUCUUAUCUUCGUAUUCAAGUUUGCCUUUAUUUUGGUGGAUUCUGGGUUUGGUUGGGAGGUCGCGCCAUUGACGAAGCGCCUGUUUACGCCGAACCACCGAGUAUCUUGGGACGUGCAAUGGGGAGAAUGUAGCAGGAGUUGCGGCCAAGGCGAGGUGAAAGCUCGUGCUGUGUGCUUGUCUGAAACAACCAACCAUGAGUUGGGCUACGCUGCCUGCCACGGAAUUCCCAAACCAGUUGUGCCGGAGAGAAGAACUUGUGAGGGCAACUGUGCUUCGGUCGCACCAUCACGAUCAGUCGAGGAAGAUCACCUUGAGAAACGCCAAGAUGUCAACAACGCAACAUCCCCAGGCUUUGCUCCAGUGCACUGUGACCGAGUCAUCCAAUCAGAGACUGGCGAGGUGUCCUCCCCUGAUUGGCCAAUGAAAUCUGUCCAUUUCCUACAGUGUCAGAUAACAUUAAUGCUCCCUCAAGACAAGAGACCAAGGCUAAGAUUUGAUGUCUUUGUCCUGGAAGGUAGCGCUGAAUGUUCAGAAGGCAACUAUGUUGAGAUAAUCGAUUUAGUGACCAAUCGCUCCGAGGUCAUCUGCGGCAGUCACAAUACCUUCACGUGGACAGCAGACUCCAAUCAGGUCCAGGUCAGGUUUAGCGCAGAGUCAAGCAACGUCUUUCAUCGAUUCCAUGCAACCUAUAGAGCUAUCCUGAAGGCACCUGUCACAGCAUGUUCAUCUGUUUUCGAUGGACCAAUGGGAAUGUACGUCUCUGACGUUCAUUUACUUGCCUCUCAGCCAGCAUCCUGUGAAGUGCUCUUUCAUGCUUCGCCAGAUGACAGGGUAGUCUUGUCCUUUGCCUUGUUCACGGUGCUUUGCUCCAAACCUGUGCUGAUCAAAUGCAUCAACACUGGUGCUGAGAAGACCAUCUGUGGCGAUUAUGAGCCGUUCUCUUGGUCAUCCUCUGGCAACGAAGCGGUGUUGACCUACGAGCUGCCGACCAGUACCGAGCAAGAAAAUUGGGAGUUUGAAGUGGAGUAUGAACCUCUUAAGGCUAGGCCCCCCGAAGCUGCAGACAGUGAUUGCAGCCAGAUCAUCUAUGACUCAGUAGAGGGAGUCAUCACAUCUCCAGCUCACCCAGAGUCCUAUCAUGACAACGCCUACUGCCGUACCCUCAUCAUGGCCGACCCAGGGCAGAUCAUUACCCUGGCCUUUCAGGAGUUCAUGGUGGAGCCCUCAAACAAACAGAAUGGAGAGCCAAUGGAAAACUGUCAAUUUGACCAUGUGAUGGUUGUAGACGUUACCACGGACCGAGCGGAUGUCUUUUGUGGGAUGCGACAGCCGUUUGCUUGGACCUCGGAUAGCAAUGAGAUUCUCGUUGUGUUCGUGAGCGAUAACUCGGAGGCAUACACUGGCUAUAAGGCUCAGUACACCGUUCACCUCAAACAUCCUGAGCCAGAUUGUCUGGUAGUUACCGACAGUGAGAAUACUGCAGGGGAAAUCACCACCGGUCUCUAUCCCCAGCCGUAUCCUAGCAACAGUGAGUGCUACCUGACCGUACAUCAGGACCUGGAUACCUACGUCAUCUUUGAGAUUGUCACCUUUGACCUGGAGGAGUCUGAUGAAUGUGAAAAGGAUUAUCUACAGUUGACAGACCUGACAACCAGACGGAUGGAUCGUUUCUGUGGCAACCUGCAUCCUUUCACCUGGACGUCUGAUAGUAACGAAGUGCAAGUAGCAUUCAGAAGCGAUGACAUCAUCCAAGGAGGUGGAUUCCAUCUCUUUUCUUUGGCAUCCCAGCUCCCGCCAAAGAACAUCCCAGAAAGAGACUGCAGACAGCAUCUGACAAGGGGUCGAGAGUACAUUCGACUCCCCCUGACUUUGGGUAAUCCACCGCUUGGCGAUGUUUACUGCUAUAUAUUGAUCACUGUUGAUCCGGCUCGACGAAUCAUCUUAAACAUGGACACCUUUGCUAUUGAGCCUCCACCUCUUGGUUUUGAGCCUGACUUUGUGGAGAUUCGUGAUGUGUUUCUAGAAGGUGAUGGUCGCAUUGAGAGGCUUGAGGGACAGCUUCCAUCUUUCACUUGGACAAGUAGUCGUAAUGAGCUGGUGAUCGUCGCUACACAGCAGAGCAGCGAUAUUGCUUCGGUGAGACUUCAUGGUACAUACCACGCUGCACAGAGACCCAUACAAGCAUGUAGUGGGAUGAUACUUGAGGACAACGCUGUCAUUCGCUGGCCCACUGAUUUUUCUUCAGCCUCUUCAGACUGUGAGCUGACCAUUCAUACGCAUCCCCUCAAACGGGUCAUUUUCACCUUUGACAAGAUGGAAGUACCAGGGACCAGUUGCCAAGAAUUCUACGUUGAGGUGCUUGACGUUGAGCCGGGUAGGACGCUGAGUUACUGCCAGACACAGAAACCAUUCUCAGUCAUUUCAACAUCCAAUGAAAUGCGACUUCGUUUCCAAUGGACCAAUAGCGAGGCAUCAGCUGCCAGACGACAGUUGGCUGGGGAUAACGAGCCAGUCGUUGUGAAGCAUUACGUGAUGGACAGACCACUCCAAGCUGUUGAGCAUGUUGCUGAGUACCACCGCAUCUUUCGCAAAGAACAGGGUGAGUUCUCAUCCCUGGAUCACUCACGAGCCCUCUGGAUGGAUGGUAACUGCUCGGUGCUGAUUGAAGUUCCCUCAGACAAACAAAUACUCAUCCACUUUCAGGAUUUCCUGAUCGGGGAGCAACCACCAAAACCUGACGAGAGCGCCCCCGUCAUCUGCCGUACGGAAUUUGUUCAGGUUGAAGAUGUCACCAACGGACGCAAGAACGUCUUUUGUGGUCAUUAUUCGUACUUUUCCUGGUUGUCCGACACAAAUGCCGUCCUUGUCACUUUUUUCACCAAUCCAGUCAUCGUGUAUCACGGAUUCAGAGCCAAGUAUGAAACAGUGGUUAGAGGUAGAGCACCCUCUGAACAUACCUCUGAGGAAACCGGCAGUUUUCAAUCAACCAACUUCCCAACAAGUUAUCCCUCACCCCAUGAAGAGAGCUGGGUAAUGCAUUCUCCUCCAGAUUACAUCAUAUCGUUGGUGGUUGAUUCAUUCGACUUGGAAGAAUCGGUCGAUUGUAACAAAGAUUAUGUCAAGUUUGAAGACUUGUCCAGUGGUUACAGCUCAGUGCUGUGUGGAACUCAUGGCUUGUUUGCUUGGACUUCAGAAGGAAAUGAAGUUCUUGUUACCAUGGUAGGCGAUGAGGACACAGCCUCAUCGGGGAUAUCACUAACGCACUCCCAGGUAGAUGUUUCAAAAGGCUGCUUUCUUCUUCUUCGAGGAGAGUCGGGAUCUUUGAAGUCAUCAGAGUUCCUUCAGCCUAAUGAGGUGUGGCGAGGGUCAUGCAAAUUGAUCAUUCACACGUCCCCUGACAAACGAUUGAGUCUGCUGGUGGAAGGUGUGAACGUUGAGGAGCAUUGCGGGAACUCUGGAGUCACAAUUGUCGACAUUGCAACACUUCGCAGCAAGAUCAUCUGUGAGGUAUCCCACGAUCUUGUCUUCACCUCUGAUUCCAAUGAGGUGGCGUUUGGUUACAUCAACUAUCAGACCACUCUGCCUGAUUUCACCGUUAGCUGGGAGUCCAUUCACAGAGAUGUCUACCCAGUUGAAUGUACGGACGUCUUUGAUCAAACUCCCGAGAGGAUAUCAGUGGACACGUAUCGGCCAGUUCUACUUCUGUUACCGACCGAUGCAGCCUGUCACAUCUUACUCACUCUGCCACCUGAGGAAGCAGUGGCUCUGGUCUUCCAAGAGUUCUCUCUUCCCGGUGCUGACUGCGAGAGACAUUAUGUAGAGCUUGAAGACCUAGCCUCGCUGCGCUAUGAUCGUUACUGCAAACCCGAGCUGCCCUUUUCCUGGAAGUCAGACAGCAAUGAGGUCAUGAUACGAUUUGCAAGAACAAAUAAUGCCUCUGGCAUGGAAGUUGUCGCUGAGUUCUCCAGCAUUCAGAAACCCAAGCAAGCAGAUUGCAGCAAAGUACUGACAGGUGACAUAGGGGACCUCCAGUCAGUCAACUACCCCUUGCACUACCCCACACACACGGAGUGCCAGACCCUGAUACACACAGACACAGACAAGAGGGUGCAGAUAGUCUUCAGCGAAUUUGAGCUUGAGGAGGAGUCUAGAGAUGCCGGAUGUACAUCUGAUUACCUUAAGCUAACAGAUCUUACAACAGGCCGUUCCUCCACACUCUGUGGUCUGCUUGCACCGUUCAUCUGGUCCUCCACAGCAAACGAAAUCCUUCUGGAAUUUAUGUCCGAUGACUCCAACACGUUCUCUGGGUAUUCGGCAUUUUACAAUGUGUUGCCACGGAUACCCAAAGUACCAGGCUGUAACGAGACCUUGACAUCAGAGACAGGUGUUGUCCAAUCCCCAAACAACGCUUCCAGCACUGAUCUAUAUCCCAACUCCAUGGUGUGUUACCAGCAUAUCGAAGUAGAACCAUCUCAGCAUGUUAUCCUAUCCUUCAGUGUACUCCGUGUUGAGUCGGAUCCUAACUGCCAGAAGGACUAUGUUGAGCUGAUAGACGGAAUCACCGGAGAUACGGACAUUUACUGCGGCGACAUUGAUCCAUUCACGUGGAUCUCGGAUGGCAAUGAGGUCAUUGUCAAAUUCCAGACUGAUGCUGACAACCGUUUCCAAGGUUACAAGGCAACAUUCAAGGCUCUUGGAAAUGAGCCCUUCUCCAAUUGUGACGCCUUCUUUUCUGCUGACGUGGGAACAGUCCAGUCUCCAGGCUUUCCAUCUCGUUACGGCAACAACCUCCACUGUGUUACCAUAGUAACCGGACAGGAGCAUCAUCUCAUCCAGUUGGUCUUUGCAACAUUUGAUCUAGAAGACUCUGAGGGCUGUACGUAUGACUACUUAGAGCUCCGAACUCAGGGGAUCGGUGCUCCACUAACAUCCUGUGGUGUCAAAGCUCCCUUCUCGUGGUUGUCAGCUGGAAACGUUGCCAUCCUGACCUUCCAUAGUGACUACAUUGUGACCAGCCUGGGCUUCAAGGCCGACUAUGAGCUGGUAGCCAAGCCUAGUCAUCUCAAAGCUUGUGACGAGUCUUUUUUCACCCCAAAUGGUACCCUGUCUUCACCCCUCUAUCCCAAGCAAUACCCAAGCAACAAGGACUGCCGCACUACCAUCACAGCACAACCAGACUAUGUCAUUCAGAUAUAUUUCUCUGACUUUGAAUUGGAGUUCCAUGAGAAUUGUGACUAUGACUACGUUCUGCUGCGCAAUUUUCCAGACGGACCUAUCGACAAAUACUGUGGUACAUUGGAUCCCUUCACUUGGGUGUCUAAGACCAAUCAAGCUGUGCUUGAGUUCCACAGUGAUGCCAGCACCCGAAUGAAGGGAUACCUGGCUUAUUUCAUCACCUACCCAGCUCCACUGCUGCCGGCGCCCACAGAGCACCUACCAGCUAUCGUUUCUAAGUGCAACAUUGAGAUGACUGCUGAGCGGGGCGUGAUCACAUCACCUAACUUCCCCUAUGAAUAUGACAAUGACCAGAACUGCCGGACUGAGAUUGAGACAGACGUUGGGACACGAAUUAAUGUCACCUUUCACUUCAUGGAUAUCGAGGAACACCGUGGCUGCCAGUGGGAUCGUGUUGAGAUUGAGGACAUGGGGUCUGGUCGCAAGUCCGAGCCCUUCUGUGGCAGUCUGUUUGGCGGUCACCGAUCUUGGCAAUCCGACACAAACCACAUCGUUGUCAUCUUCGUCAGCGACGACAUUGUGACCCGCAUCGGUUUCUAUGCAACAUACUCUGUGGUGGGGACAUCGGGCUCCGAAUAAAACCAAGGUAUGCUCAGUGAGAAGUCCAAGACCUCAGAUUUUAGAGUAAAAUUGACCCGAGAUCUCUCUUUGAAACCAGAUAAAACGUACACAUUUGCAACUUGGCUUUCACGAAUGAUCAUUGGAAAUGAUGUAAUUAGGAAUCUGUCCUACAGGUAAAUACUUGCCCAUGAUGCACCUGCUCUUAAAAAAGUCUACCAGGAGUGAAUGACGUAAACGGAAUCAUUCUGAGCACUUCACUUCUAUUCUAUGUGUGUGUUUGAGAGAUGUAACAAGAAUAGAAGAGUUCAAUCAAUUAGUAAUUGCUGCUUGACAAUAGGUCUGGAGAUGGCACAGGUGCAUCGAACAUACUGAUCAAAAGGUGUAGAGUCAGAACAGAUUUUUCCAUUCUUUUAUUCAAUAUAGUGGCAUUAAUUGAAAGAUUUCGGAAUAUUUCAAAUAAAAGAGAAGGCUUAAAAUAUAAACAUGGAAAGACUGGUUUAGUUUUAAAUUAUCAAAUACAGGAUUUUUUUUCUGAAUCUUAGCCUCUUCCCGAUGAAAAUAUCUAUGUUAUGACAUGAAAUAUCUGGACGUUACUUGUGAUGCGAUCUGCAAGAAACUGUUUACAGGGUGAACUUUGUCAUUUUGGUGUGUAUCAACUUCAGAUUGAUCUGAACACUGCCCUGUUUUCAAAACUGUUUAAUUCGUGAUUUGAGACCUAGAUUCAUGUCGUUGACAAUCUAGAAUCAUAAAUGGAAUAUAUCUGGAAACAAUAGUGUGUUCGCAUCAAUUGGAAGUUUACAUGCACCUAGAUGACAAAGCUCAGGUGAAGGGUUUUCGAAGAUCACAUCACUAAUUCAUCAAACAUAAAUUCAUACAUUAAAUUAAUUACAUAAUUCCUGUAGAAUUAAACGGAGGGUACGUGUACAUUUCAUGAUGUGUAUUUCACAGAAAGAUAUUUGCGCAGUCUACCAAAGUCAACAAAUGAGAGAAUUAUUUGAGAGUAACACAAAUACCCAGCCUGAAGUAUAGGCAGUGCAAUUUUUGAAAGAUUCAGGCAGGUCCUAUGGUAGAAAUUUAAAGUACUGAAUGGAAGAACAAAGCAAGUUUGCCACAGAAUGUUGAGGUAGAUUGUAUCAAAUCAAAGUAAGUCAUUUUCUUUAUAUACAGAGGAAACUUGUGCUGUCAAUUCUAUGAAAUAAGCUAAGUGACAGGUGGUUAUGAGCUUAUCCUGUGUCAAGGUGUGCAGUAUUAUCUAGUACGUGAUGAACAAGAUCAAAGGAAGGUUCAAUAAAGCUAACAGGUGUGCAUAAA